UUUUUCUUUUUUUUACCUCCACCUAUCUCUCCCCCCUUCUCUCCUUCUUGACUGGCCGAACCGGGGCUGAUCCCAGCCAACCUGGGCCGGGCCGUGGGGCUUUUCUGUGAGCCUUAUAGCUGAGAGUCGGCACACCCGAGAUGCGCGCUUCGGGAGCCGGUAUUUGGGCUCUCCCCUCGGCUCUGGGGACCUCUGGCUCGUGGCAGUGCCUCUGGUGGUGGGUCGUGACGGUCGGGGUGACUGUAAGCUCGGGAGAGCCGUGGAUGUCCACGGAGCCAUGCGCCUCCACUUGCUCCUGCAGCAGCAGCAGGAUCUCCUGCGUGGAUCCGGAGCGGGGGAUCAGCGCGUUCCCCGUCCUGCAGAGCGAGGCGGAGAUGGAGAACAUCACCGACAUUUACAUCGCAAAUCAGAGCAGCUUCUCCUCCAUUAACGACAAAGACCUGCACUACUACAAGAACCUCAGGAACCUAACGGUGACCAACAGCAGGCUGACAUAUGUAUCGAAGCUGGCGUUUCAGAGCAACUUAAAGCUACAAUACCUGAAUUUGAAAGACAACAACUUGUCAUCCCUCGACUGGAGGGUAUUCAAGCACCUCAACAUCUCAUAUCUAAUCCUGUCAGGGAACCCUCUGCAUUGCUCCUGUGAGAACAUGUGGAUCAAGCUGUGGUUAGGAGAGGAAGCACAGGACCUGCGCUGCAUAGAGGAUGGAGGAGCUCGCAAGCCACUGUCAAGACUGACACUGCCUAACUGUGAGGUUCCGAUGGCAACGCUGAGCCCACCCGCAGUGACUGCCAGGGAGGGGGAAAAUGUGGAGCUGUUCUGUACAACCUCUGGCAUGCCUUCGCCUGAACUAAUCUGGAAUAUGUCACUGGAUACUAACUGCGACAUUGAGACAUCUGGCCAGGUUUCGGUGAUGCGGCUCUCUAACCUGACAUCAAUGGACCAUAGCAAGAAGAUCAGCUGCACGGCUGAAAAUAUUGUUGGAGGGAGGGAGUCCUCUUUAGUGCUGGACAUACUUUUUAAACCGAUAAUCACAAAGCUGAGUGACGCUAUCCCAGACCAUCACUGGUGCAUCCCCUUCAGCGUAGCAGCAAACCCAAAACCUACGUUCCGGUGGUAUCUGAACCAUAAAGAAAUUACAGAAGGGCAGUACAUUGUGACGAUGAUCCAUGACAUCACAGAGAGAGAAUACCACGGCUGCUUGCAGCUGGACAGCCCCACACACCUCAACAACGGGCUCUACACCCUGAUAGUUGAAAAUGAUUUUGGCAAAGACAAAAAGGAGAUCAAUGCUCACUUUAUGCUCCAGCCAGAUGUAGGUCCUUCAGAACCUUCAUACUAUGGUCCUGAGGAUGUAACCUCAGAGACUCCUCCUCAAGACCCACCUGAGGACAGAGUUGCUGUAUACGUAGUAGUGGGGAUUGCUGCUGUAGCCUUUACUGGUUUCUUGCUGAUGCUGGUUAUCCUCAAAUUUGGAGGGAAUUCCAAGUUUGGCCUCAAAGGUCCAUCUUCAGUGAUCAGCAACGAUGACGACUCAGCUUCUCCACUUCAUCACGUCUCCAAUGGCAGCAACACUCCCUCUUCCUCAGAGAUGGGCCCGGAUGCUGUCAUCAUUGGCAUGACCAAGAUCCCGGUGAUAGAAAACCCUCAGUAUUUUAGAAACACCAAUAGCCUGUUGAAGACUGACACAUUUGUGCAGCACAUUAAAAGACACAACAUCGUACUCAAGAGAGAACUUGGAGAAGGAGCCUUUGGAAAAGUUUUCCUGGCUGAGUGCUAUAACCUUUCACCUGACCAAGAGAAGAUUCUGGUCGCUGUCAAGACACUUAAAGAGGCCAGUGAAAAUGCCAGGAAGGAUUUCCACCGUGAAGCAGAGCUGCUGACCAACCUGCAGCAUGAGCACAUCGUCACGUUCUACGGCGUUUGUGUGGAGAGCGACCCUCUUAUCAUGGUGUUUGAGUACAUGAAACACGGAGACUUAAACAAGUUCCUCAGGGCUCAUGGACCAGAUGCAGUGCUAAUGGCAGAAGGCCAAACCACAAGACCUGUGGAGCUAACACAGUCUCAGAUGCUGCAUAUUGCUCAACAGAUAGCAUCUGGCAUGGUUUACCUGGCAUCACAGCACUUUGUGCACCGUGACUUAGCCACUAGGAACUGUCUGGUGGGUGAGAACCUGCUGGUAAAGAUUGGGGACUUUGGCAUGUCCAGGGACGUCUACAGCACAGACUACUACAGGGUAGGUGUUGGAGGUCACACCAUGCUGCCAAUUCGCUGGAUGCCCCCUGAAAGCAUCAUGUAUAGGAAGUUUACCACUGAAAGUGAUGUUUGGAGUCUUGGAGUUGUUCUUUGGGAGAUCUUCACCUAUGGGAAACAACCCUGGUACCAGCUUUCCAAUAAUGAGGUGAUAGAGUGUAUAACUCAAGGCAGGGUGUUGCAGCGUCCGAGGACCUGCCCCAAGGAAGUAUACGACCUGAUGCUGGGCUGCUGGCAAAGAGAGCCACACAUGAGACUCAACAUUAAAGAAAUCCACGGUCUGCUCCUCAACCUGGCCAAGGCCUCACCUGUUUACCUAGAUAUAUUGGGCUGAACAAGAAAAGGAUGAAACACAGUUUAUGAUCUGUGUGUGUGUGCAAGUAGUGUGUGGGGAUAUAUUUAAAUGUAAAUGUACAUUUAAAGUUUUCAUGCAUGUGUACUGUAUGUGAGCCAAGAUGGGCAUUGUAAUACUUCAGAAUGAAGUGUUUGAUGCUUGUGUGCGCGUGUAUGUCUAGGUAUGUCUCUGUGUGUAGAAGGUGUAACUGUACAGGAUCUGAACUCACUUUAAGGCAAUCAAGAAAUACUCCUUCAUCUCCAUCCUCUUUCCUAACGGGCAAUUUUCUCACCUUUUGUGCAAACCGACUCAUUCUUGCUUUUCACCAGGGAGAUUUUAAUGAAGAGCGAUUUAACUUUGAAGCUUCCCUGCCCCCCUCUUGUUCAGAUGCUUUAAACUCACUGGGGCUCGACUGAUGAAAAAACAAACAAACGGAUGAAUGACACUUCAUCAAAUGACUUAUCCUUUUGCUGCCUGUCAGACUACAGAACAUGUUCAAACAUCUGCUGAAGCUCAAGGCCGAGGAGUGGGGGAAAUUUUUUUGAAAGCUCCAACCUUUGGUUGUAAAUACGAGACUGAUGGGACACUUUGGUGGAAGUGGCUCCGUGAUGCCGAGCCGUAAAGACACUGUGUUAUCCUUUUUCACCCUCGUCUGUCUGUUGUCUCCAUCUCCCUCUCUAACAUGAGGAUUACCGUCAGCAUUUAACCAUCAGGACUACACAAGCAAUGAUCGAGACAUUGGUAUGCAUGUGGGAAAUUGAGCAUGACAUAACUAUGCUAGAAAGGAGAAGUAAACACAAUCUGCUUCCCUGCCUGUCAGAUUCAAUUUAGAAGGUGUGUUAAAGAGAUCAUUUCUGGAUGGCUGAUUUUACUGAUGCACAAAAGAAUCGGUAACAACACAGCUGUAACUGACUACUGUGGUGACUAAAUAUUUUAGAGAUUAUAUUAGGGUACUGACAAACAUUGGUUUUUGUUGUGUGUUACAUUUUUUUUCCCUCAGGCCUGACUUGUAAUGUCAUACAGAGCAGGGUAAUAUGAUAACUGCUCCACCCCAAACCACCUAAGUGACAGAUGCUCCACUUGUGAUGUCAAGUACUUGUGUCGGAGGUCAAUUGAUUAAUUUGUCCGCAGCUGUCUGACAAUCGCAAAAUCAUGGUGUUGGGGGACGUUAAGGGUUGGUUGGUGGUGGAUUGGCGGGUGUAAAGUCUGCUGAGGGAGACUGGGUUUUGAGGGGUCAGUCCCUGGUCAAACGUGUGGGUGGCUGCCUGCAGAAGGUGUGGUUCAUCUGGUCAACCCCUAUUAAAUCGUCUAAGCUCUCAGCAUUCCAACAUUCUUAAAAACCGCAUCUUGUAGGAGGAACACACCCACACAUAUCUAUCAUAUACCUCCUCCCAUCACCCCUCCAUCCCCACACCCACUCACUGAAAGACACUCAAAACGGGCCGAGAAGGAAAUUGAAUUGUACAUGUUUUAUUAUUUGAGCUGUGCAGUGCUUUAGCUGGGCCUCGUCCUCUGUAAUGGUGUAAUGUAUAUUUCAUUACAGCUAAUGGGCUCCAUUAGCACAGUCUCCUCACAGACAUUCAAGACUUAUUGUUUUAUGUCCGAGAAGAAGGGAUGGAGGGAUGGAAAGGUGAAGGAGAAGAAAACAGUUAGGCUCGCUGGAUUUAGGAGUCACAACGGGGAGGGAUUUGGGCCGAUGUAUUAACGUGUACCGGAAAGCUAUUGAGAUGAGUAUAGAGGGGAAGCAAGUGAGCAAGAAGAAGAGGACUGGAGACAAAAA